GACCAAUCACAUUGCCAGGUUCGCGAUGACGUUCACACGGCACUGCGGCUUAUCCGGCAACAGCCUGUGUGUGCCCGCUAUUCAACUCAUUAAAACCUACUCACUGUUUCUGGGUAGUUUCACCCGUGAGCCUAUUUUCACGAAGUAUUCAACGGCUAAAACCAUACGGCGGCUUUAGAAAAAUAGUAUAUAUUGUUUCAAGUUGCUUUUCUUUAAAAAAAUUCUCAAUGGAGUAAUAAAAAGUACUGGAAAAAACAAUAUCAUUUCGGAGGACAUACCCUUCAACGGAAAGAAGUGUACCCGUUUUUUGUGACACACUGACGGCUAGCAAGCUGCCAUGGCGCCAAAAGUUGUUGACCUGGAUGACGUUCUCACGGCCUGGGCCUGGACAGCCUUUCUGCGCACGCGCAGCAAGGACCACAACAAGCUGACCUUUGAUGACGUCAAAUUUGAGGUCGUCUGGGACAGGGUCAAGUUUUUGGCAGGAAAACCAGAAUACUCGGACCAGCAGAAGCUGGAGAAGCCAAAUUCACAGGUCGUCUUCAAGGGCAUUAGAUUAGAGCUGAAACUAGGACUUCCGGAUGACGUAAUGGCAGCCACAGCUGGAUUUGGGCGUGAUGUUUCCAUGGAGACCACUGAUGAGUGUACACACGAGGAGACCAUUACUUGGACUAUCAAUAGUAGCAUCAAA